GUCAGUUGUCAGUUGAAGUUCAAAAUUGAGAAGUGCACACAAAGAUUCCACCAAAGUAUCACUAUUUAAUGCGGGGUUAACAAUAAAAAGAAAAUGCUAUCGUUUAUAGCUAAAAACAAAAACGAUAUUAUUUAUUUGUCGUUGUUGUUGAUAAGUAUAUCGAUAGGGCCUUAUUACAGAGGUAUUAAAAGUGUACCAACUAAGAAAUGGGCCGGAACAGUUUUUGGUAUAUUGUUGAUAAUAGUGGUUUCGGGAUACAGUGCAAUUCAUCCUAUUUUGUCCGCAACACUUGGAAUAUUUGCUAUAAAACUUACAUCAAUUAGGUAUUGCCAUAUAGUGACAUUCUUUUUAAUGUUUGGUUACUUGUUCUUCUUCCGCCUGGCUGAUAAAUUCGGUCUUCCACUCUCUUCGGGACAAACAAACCUCAUAGAGAUGAUAAUAGUCUUGCGAGUGGUUGGAGUCGCAUUUGAGAUGAACGGAUCAUGGCUGGCUAUGAAAAAAGAUAAAAAGAAUGACUCAAAAGAUGUAAAAGAAAAAGAUUCAAAAGAGAUAAAAGAUAGAGAUGAUGACUUUGUUGAAUUAAUUAAUCCAAAUAUGAUUGAUCUCUUCCAUUAUUCGUUUAAUUAUGUGGGAUUACUUACAGGUCCAUAUUAUAGAUAUAGAACAUUUGACGAUUAUUUCCAAUUGCCAUUCAGCAAGUAUGCAGAUUGUUUUGGGGCCACAAUCAACACUUUAAGAACAGUGCCUGUGUAUAUCUCUUUGUACCUGGCGUUUUCUAACAUCUGGCCUUUAGAAUACGUGCUAACAGAAGGGCAUAACAACAGACAUUUUGUAUAUCGAAUGUUGUACCCGUGGGCAUUGUUCGCGGCGUUCCGUCAGCGGAUAUACUCCGGCAUGACGCUAGCAGAGAGCGUGUGCACUUCUGCAGGGCUCGGGGCUUACCCAGUGCAAGGAAGGAACAGGACAGGCCACGGACCUACUGUCGGUUAUUUGAAGUUGAAGAAAAUGUCUGAAACAGAAGCUGAGAACACUCUGUACGACUUCAACACGGUGGAGUCCAUGGACGUGUGGGGAUGCGAGACUGUGGUCACUCUACGGGACUCGAUGAAGGUGUGGAACAAGGCGGUGCAGUACUGGGUCGCUGUGGUGGUUUACAAGAGAUUCCCGAUCAAGCCUUUGAAGGUUCACGCAGCGUUGUUCGUGUCAGUGAUAUGGCAUGGAUUCCACGCUGGUUACUUUUUCUGCAUUUAUUUCUGUCCCUUCUAUCUCAUGGCUGAAGAUAUCUACUACAAAUUGUAUUAUAAAGAUGCUACGGGCACUAAAAAGAAGAUCAUGGGAUUCAUAAUGUGGUUCCUGAGGUCUCAUUCUGAGUCAUAUCAAGCUGCAGCGUUCCUCCUCCUGUCAUUUGACCGUAUUUGGAUCUACUAUUCAUCCGUUUACCACUAUUGGUACGGCGUUUGGUUGGCGUUCCUUAUAAUCGGCAUCGUAUUGCAACAAUUGCAUAAGUUGAAAAAACCGAAAAAUGUAGAUGACGUUAAAAAUAAGUGAUGUUUUAGUGAGAUUUUUUUGGGAGAUUUUGUAGUAAAAAUCGGGUUAAUGGAUAGUGAAAUUUAGUUUUAUACAUUCCGACACGAGAUUACUUAUAAGAAUUGCAAAAAAAAAAAUAUGUUUAUUUAUUUUUUCUUUUUUUCAAAGCAGAGUACAUAAAAAAGGUAUUUAGUAGAUGAUUGGUUUAUUUGGCUAGUUCAGUGGGAAAGUUCAUGGGCUGAUAUUAUUAAUUGACUUGGGGAAAAUAUCAUUACAUGUUCUAUAGGUAAAUGUGUGUUAUUUUUUGUGUUAGACCUUUAUUGAUUUGCUCAAGUAAAAUUAUAAAAAUAUUUUUCUAUUUAAUCAUGACGACACUCAAAUUUUAUACAAUGUAGUUUCACUCGUAAUGUCUCCAAACGGAAAUGUUGGUCAAAAUCAAAAGUUAAUGUUAUAAAAAUAUAUUUUUUUGUCAAUUGGGCGGUUAGUGAUAAAAACGGUAACAAAAAAAUUGUAAGGGGAAAUAAAAAAAACUUUUUAUAAAUUUGAAUUUAAAAGAUAAGACUUAGCGUAUUUAUUCGGUAAACAGACAAAAAAAUAUAUAAAAAUGGAAAUCUCAGCAAUACCUGUCAAUUUAUAUUAAAAAGUAAGUAUGAUAAGCUUGGGGAUGUUCUAAUAACUCAGUUUUUUAUUGAUACUUUGUUUUUUUUUGGGGAAAAAACCAAUUGAAAAAAUUACGUAAUAUUGAUGCCUUUGCCAAUUGCCAUCGAAUCUCAUUGAUGCAGUGGCACACCUACUAUGAACAUAGAAAAUCAUGAAAAUAAUAUUAAUUCACUUUUGUAAACAUGUAAUUUGAUGUAAGUUGGAUUAUACUUAAAUGAUAUAUAGAUCAUUGCAUUCACGAAGUCGCGCCCCACUACUUGCUGGUGGUAGGAUAUAUAUUAUAUCCGCCCGGAUAGCGAUCACCGUAAACAAGGUGUUAAAACCCGCCAUAGUGGCCUUCCUAAGUGUGUCGCAUUCCGGGAUCAGCCUGUGUAUAUCCAGUUCCAAUAGGCCGGCACAAUUGUAUCCACUGUUAAAGAGUAGUCAUCUCUCGUCAGUCGACAUUCUAUUGGACCUAAUUCUUUUUAUCAUCAGGUGCAGUGGGUCACUUUGCCUUACCCGUAUUAAAAAUACUUUCCUUAAUCGUUAUCAGUGUGCGUGAGCAGCAUAAGUGCGCACGCACACUAAGAUCCAUAGCGUCUGGGAAAGUGCUUGGAUCAGUCCCCUUACGACACCCCGGAACACCCCCGCUCAAAAAGUGGUAGGGUGCGUCUUCGUGAAUGAAAUGAUCUAUAAUUUGCUACAGGGGGAAAUAAAGUUGUUCCAACAGCCUUAGUGAGAAUUAGAAAAUUAUUCAUUUUGAUAUUAUUUAUAUAAUUUACAUUUGAUAGUACUACGGGAUUAUUUUUAUGAUAUUAAUUCAGCAAUAUCUGAAAUAUUAAUGUAUUUGAAUGAGAUCUUUGUAUUUAUUUUUAUUGUAGGAGCAUGACAAUAAUGUAUGUAUUCCAUUCUAGUCCGUGUAGAUUUUUUAUUCGAUAUUUUGAAUAAAAUAUGUGUAUUAAGAA